AUGGAGAUGCUGGAAAUUGAGCAGCAGAAGCAGAGAGAGAGCAGCGCACAACGUUGUUGGGAAGAAAUUGUGGACAUCAUCCCAACCAAAGGCCGUCGUUUCGAAGAAGAAGACGUCAUCAAUGUCAUGGAACGUCUGUUUAUCGGAACACGCAGCAAGGAUAUUGAUGUGGGAACAUUCAACCUCAUGAUGAACCUCCUUCGGAGCCGCAACCCGGAGCUGGAGGCUGUCGCCUAUCAUUUGACGUCCGAUCCGUAUUUGCAGUGGUUCGAUCAGCCGCCAGACUUGACAGGAAACUGUGCCAAGUCUACCCAGCCGGAGGGCCGAUCCGAACCGGCCUCCGAGGACACCACGUUCUGGGCCAAGGUCAAGGCCUGGCUGGACAGCCCGACCAGCACACCGCCAACCGUGUCAUGCAGUAUCUGCUUGACACGGUUGGCCGUCAAGGGCCUUCCGAGCGAGAAGGAGAAUGAGAAGCCCGCACUCCUGCCAUGUGGGCACAUCUUGGGUGAGCAUUGCGUCCGACACAUGAUCAUGAAGGAAGACUAUAGCACCAGGUGCCCGCUGUGCCGGCGCCCUUUGCAUAAAAGCCGUCUCGCUGUUGGUGUGUCGGUCUUGGAGGGCGAGAUACGCGACUUUUUUGACAGGCAGGAGCGGGUACUGGCUCAACAGCAACAAGAAUACCCUGAAUAG